AUGGUUAGGCUACCUAUACUAUUAGAUGAGGAAGAGGAUGAUGAUAUUAUUCAAGCACAGCCGUCAUUGAAGGCCAAGUUCAAACCGAGAAAGAUCAAGCUGAAGUCCAGCAUUGAGUCAAAAGAUGGGGCCAACACAGCAAGAGCAUCAAUCAAUGACGAAAUGCCAGAACGAGAGAAAGAGAAAAACGAAAGUGACGGAGGUGAUGUAUUAGAAAACUUAGCCCUACCGCAAAGGAGAUUUAAAAAACUCAACAAAAUAAACAGUGGUUUAAGCUUUUUGGACGACAAUAGCUGUAAGAACGAAUCAAAGGCAAAGGCAAAUAAAAUCAACACACAGGAAUACCUAAAUUCAUACAAGGAACAUCCAGAAGUCCCCUCGCAGACUGUGGACACAACAUUACCUCUGAACGACGUCUCUAUCGAGAAUAUGGAAGGUAUAGUUUUGACAGGCUCCGAUAUGGAUCUAAGUGAUGUCGAGAAUGAUGGACUUCCUUCAAAAUUGAAACAGUCUAGUGAAGACUCAAAACGCCGCAGAGAGAUUGAGAAGGCAAUAGAAUCAGCAAACGAUCCAGAAGAAACAGAAUCGAAUGGUAGAAUGGAGAUUUUGAAAAUUCCAACUUAUAAUGAGGGCAGUGUGCCCACAUACAUUAGAUUUCAUCGUCCACCUUCUCUUGACGAAACCAAAGAGAACAUACAAGAACGUAUAAACUUGCUUGAAGUGAAAGUUCAACAGGAGAGUAAAGAAAUAGAGUCCUUCAACCACCGUCGAGAGGAUCUAUCUCGUCAACGAGCCAAACUCGUGGAGAAGGUACACAAGCUGCUGCAGGAAUACAAACCAAGAAAUAAAUGA